UUCCCAUGCAGGAUCAGAGCAAUUUCACCGGUCAACCCAAUGUGACUAAUAGUCUGGACAUCGGGAAGUCUUCGGCAUCAACAAAAAUCCUCACCCCAGCGCAACUAAGGAGAAAAAAGUGGAAGAACAAGAAAAGCAGCGCCAAAAAACGGCUGAAGGAGUUAGCGAAGCGGCAGCAGACAAAUAAUCAGAGUAAUGACACCGGCAAAGCAUAUGUGACUAACAGUUUAGAUAUGGAGAUGAAAAUGUCUUCUGCAGCAACUGCAACUGGAACCCCAGAAGCACACGGUCAGAGCAAUUUUACCGGUCAACCCAAUGUGACGAACAGUCUGGACAACGGGAAGUCUUCUGCACCAACAAAAACCCUAACCCCAGCGCAACUAAGGCGAAAAAAGUUGAAUAACAAAAGAAGCAGCGUCAGAAAGCGGCUGAAGGAGUUGGCGAAGCGGCAGCAGACAAAUGAUCAGAGUAAUGAUAUCGGCGCACCAAAUGUGACUAACAACUUAGACAUGGAGAUGCCUUCUUUAGCAACUGCAGUUGCAACUGGAACCUCAGAAGCACAAGACCUGUGCAAGGACACUGGUGAACCAAAUUUGACUGACAGCUUAAACAUAAAGAUGCCGUCUUCUGCAUGAACUAAAAUUCAACACCAAGGCAACUAAGGCGGAAAAUCUUUCAGAAAGAGAGAAACCGCGCCAAGAGGAUGCUGAAGAACUUGGUUAGGCAGCAGAUGACAAAUGCCGUAAAAUUGACUAGAGAUAAAAGGAAAAUGGAAGGAAAAACGCACUGAAGAGUAGGAAUACGUCGGCGGGUCGCGUGGCGGCAGGAAUAAACAAAUAAGACUUUUGUUUUUGGUUACUGGGAAUUUAUUAAACUAAUUAAACCAA